UUCUGUGGUCAUUCAGGAAUGCCCCAAUGUGCGAUCAUGAUCGUUGUGAAAGGGGAUGCAGCACCCACCUGGGAAACAAAGUGCAUCUACAAGCACAAUUUCAGGUAUGGGUCUGCAGCUGUAGGAUUGAAGAACACACCAUCUCGCAAUGUCCCCAUCAAAUGCGAAUUAUGCCACCUGACCCUUCCUCCCCAACCUGGCAGGACCUCACGAAAGGUGCAGGCAAUAUCUGUCGAUGCUGUUUGGCGCUAUAAUAUGGCCGAGCAUGUCCUGAAUUCGCACAUGGAGUAUGUCGUUCCUGGAUGUAGGGAGACUGGGGUUGCUUUACUGUCCAGUGUCUUGACGACUAUGGCAUUUUCGGAGCUGGAGCAGAAGGCUGCAUACAUUCCAAAG